GCCGUGCUCCACUCCAGUCACCUAGUUAAAAAAUUCUUUCCAGCGCCUAACAGCACGCUGUAGCCCAGAAAAAUUUGCUGGUCGCAGGCACCCCUUCGGACCCCGCCGCCUACAAACUCGGCCCUCUUGGCGCCGCAGGACGCCGCCAUGUUACGUUUUGCCUUGGUUGGGGGAAUAAGAAGGUGUCUGCUGCCCUCCACCACCACCUCCAAGAAAGCUGUCCAUUCAUACAAGCUAUUACUCUACACGGCCCAAUCGAUUGCUUUUAAGCCCUGUUUAACAGAAUCGAAUAUUUUUACACCAGCUUUGAACACGAAUCGGCUACAUUGCGAAGAUCGAGCUAGCAUCUCUGCUACUCCAACCACUUACACUGUGCGAGCUUCUAUACCGACAAACCGUUGAAAACAAGAACAAAACCUUGUUCUUGCUUCCUAUACAUCUUCAAAUCCUACCAUCACCUAUAAUACAUAAUGCCCUCUUACAUCCUCACCGGCCGUGGCGGCGCUGGCAACGCCCGCACUUCGCAGACCACCGCAGCUCCCGCUAAGCAGCCCUCUGCUACUUCAUACUCAACAACACCACGCUACAUGUCCAGCGGCAUUGGCGGCGCUGGAAACAUCCACGUCUCCUCGUCUGCUGCUGCCCAUGCUGCCGCACAGAACGACAUGCGCACUGCUGCUGAGGCUGCGUCCCGCCCGGCGCCUGCUGCGUACACUGGCCGCGGCGGCGCUGGCAACGUCUACCGCUCUCGACAGUCCUCGACAUCGUCUGCUGGCUCUAGCGUCUACAGUGCUGCGAGCAGCUCGUCUUCCAUGAGCUCCAAGGCAAAGGCGUGGGCAUCGUCUGCCUUUGGUCGAUCAUAAGCCUUCACCAGCUACCCAGCGGGAGCCCGCGGCCGAUGACGUGCUUCUUCGACGACAAAAACCUUUGCAUUAACCGGCAUUCACUUGAGCGACUCUACUUUCUUCUUCUUUUUACGGCGUUUGGGAUGGAAAAUCCAAAAAAAGUUUUGUGUUAUUCUUAACUGGGAUACUAAUUGUACUACGACUCUGACUGGACUACCAUCUGGUAGAGCACUAUCUUGAUGACUGACCUCUCUACAGGGGGGGCGGCAUCACCGUAUUGAACGAUAAUGAAUCACAUAUAUUACUCUUCUUUCUAAUA